GCCCUCUUGUGGCUGACUAUAGAAAUGGCGGGAGCGGGAAAGGGCCAGGUCAGCUGAACACUACUACAAUGAAGCUGUCCCGAGCAGCAGUCAGCAGGUUUUAUUCCAUUAUUUAUUUAUUUAGCUCCUCUGACGCUUGGGGCGGAAGUUGUAGUCCAGACGACGUGAUAACCCAUGACAGAGAUGGCGGUAGGAACUACAUUUCCCAGAGAUGCGCGCGAGACCAGCCGCUUUGUUUCACCCAAUGAUGAGCAGUCCCACUGUAAUCUCUCCAUUCUACCCCCUAAUACACCCGAAAAUCCUCCUGCUGUCAUCCUCAGCCCUGUUUACCCCCUCACACACGUGUUCAUUCUCUGUGUUGCUUUAACCUGCAGUGGUGAAGACUUCAAGAUCCAUAAACAGGUGUAGUCGAAUAUGAAGACGUGUAAACGAGCUUCGGCGUUUUUCCGCUCGCUCUGUCGAUUCAGUCUUCUUCAUCGGAGCAUGAGUUGGUCACCGAGACAAAUCAGAUGCUGGAAAGGUCCAGAGUCGUCAGACAGUCUAUCAGACUGUCCUCGAGUCCUGAUCACGGGUGGCCUUGGGCAGCUCGGUAUCGGACUGGCGCAGAUGCUGAGGCAGCAGUAUGGUCGAGAAAACGUGAUCCUGUCUGAUAUCAAGAAGCCUCCAGCAGAAGUGUUGGACAUGGGUCCCUUCGUGUACGCUGAUGUUCUGGAUUAUAAAAACCUGCGUGAGCUGGUGGUGAAUAACGGCAUCACGUGGCUGGUGCAUUACAGCGCAAUGCUCAGUGCUGUGGGAGAAACCAACGUCCAACUGUCCAGAGCCAUCAACAUCACAGGAUUGCAUAACGUCUUAGACCUGGCUCUGGACAACUCCAUGCGCCUGUUCGUCCCCAGCACCAUUGGAGCAUUUGGCCCCUCCUCUCCCAGAGACCCCGCCCCCGAUCUCUGCAUCCAGAGGCCUCGCACCAUUUACGGCGUCUCCAAGGUCCACGCCGAGCUCAUGGGCGAGUAUCUGCACCAUAAAUACGGCUUGGAUUUCCGCUGUCUACGUUAUCCUGGAGUUAUCUCAGCCUACACGCACCCCGGCGGUGGCACCACAGACUACGCGGUCCAGAUUUUCCAUGACGCUCUCAGCACUGGACACCAUGAGUGCUACCUGCACCCAAAGACACGCCUACCCAUGAUGCACAUCUCCGACUGCCACCGGGCCACUGUUGAGUUCAUGCAGGCUCCUGAAUGUCAGCUCUAUCUCCGCACAUACAACAUCGCCGCCAUUAGCUUCACCCCCGAGGAGGUGGUGGAGGAGAUCCGCAAACACCUUCCUCACCUGAGGGUCACCUACAAACCAGACCCCAUCCGUCAGAACAUUGCAGACAGCUGGCCGAUGCGGUUUGAUGACUCUAACGCUCGGAGAGAUUGGGGCUGGGAGCCGGCGUUCGGACUUCCCGAGCUCGUCACGGACAUGCUGAGUCACCACCGGAACAGGAGAGCGAGCGUGGACCUCGGCGUUAGCUAGCAGCCUCGUCACACCACACCGUUGUUGAUAACUUUCCUAUAACAGCACAACACGGAGUGUUUUAUUCCUUACAAAAUGCAGGUCUCUGCUCAGGGUCAACAUUGUGUACAUCACAUUUGGAAGUUGUAGCUUGAGAAGUCAAGGAGAAACAAAAUCUGCGUUCUUUCUGGGAUGAUGAAGGAAUGAAAGAAGGGAUUGGUGCUGUAUAGUGCAUUAGCUGCUGAUUUUUAUUAAUCAAUUUUAUACAUUCUAUGUUUAAAAUAUAUAUAU